AUGCCAACCCACUACCUGUUGCUGUCUGAGGCAGAGCUAUGCUCUGAAGAGUUCGCAAAGAGAGAAGACGAGAAAGACGAGUUGAGCAAGCUGAGAGAACAAUUUGUGAUACCAACCAAGGGCGACCUGAAGAACAGCAAGUACGGUUUCCAAGAAAAGAAAGAAGGAGCAUCGUCCAGUGGUGCAGCAGAUGACGACGAGGGGUCACUGUAUUUCUGUGGCAAUUCGCUCGGUUUACAACCUAGAAGAACGAAGGAAUAUGUCAAUCGAUACCUGGACACAUGGGCUUCGAAAGGUGUGCUUGGUCACUUCACCAACUACAAUGGAGGUCUGCCGCCCUGGUUACAUAUAGAUGAUUCCAUCAAGGAGCAAACAGCGAAAAUCGUUGGGGCACUCCCGAGUGAGGUGGUGAUCAUGGAGACGCUGACAGCAAACCUCCACCUCCUACUAUCCAGCUUCUAUAGACCAACAAAAGACAAGUGGAAGAUUAUCAUCGAGGGAAAGGCAUUUCCAAGCGAUCAUUACGCUGCGCUCUCACAAAUCGCUCAUCAUGACCUCGAUCCUUCCGCUCUUGUCACCAUAGAACCCGCCUCAUCCUCUUCUCCAUAUCUCUCAACUGAACACAUCCUUUCCGUAAUAUCACGACACGCUGCAACAACCGCCCUCGUUCUGCUACCAGGCAUCCAAUUCUAUUCUGGCCAAUUCUUCGACAUCGAAUUGAUAACACGACACUGCCAUGCCCUGGACAUAACCAUUGGCUGGGAUCUUGCACACGCAGCCGGAAAUGUGCCACUGAAAUUACAUGACUGGAACGUCGACUUCGCCGCUUGGUGUAACUAUAAGUACAUGAACGGCGGACCAGGGGUUAUCGGAGGAGCAUUCGUCCAUGAGAAACAUGGAAGAGUCGAAGAAGUACCGGUGGCCAAGGCAAGCGCUACCGAUGCAGCAAGCAGCAAAUCCAAGGGAAAAAAUGACAUUGAGCUUGUCUACCGACCAAGACUGAGCGGUUGGUGGGGAAGCGAUAAGAGCAGCAGGUUCCGUAUGGAGAACAAGUUUGUCCCGAUCGUUGGAGCAAGCGGCUUCCAGCUUAGCAACCCAAGUGCCUUGGACAUGACUUCCGUUAUGGCAAGCUUAGACGUCUUCGCCCUCACAAACAUGGAUGCCCUGCGUCAACGCAGUUUACGUUUAACAGGAUAUUUAGAGGCACGGAUACUGUACUACCCUGGUGGAGGACAACCCCCAUAUACGAUCAUCACGCCCUCAAACCCGGCAGAGCGUGGUGCACAGCUGAGUGUACUCCUACAGCCAGGCCUUUUGGACAACGUCUUGAAGUACAUCGAGGAGCGGGGUGUUGUAGUUGAUGAGCGGAAGCCCGACGUGUUGAGGAUUGCUCCAGCUCCGCUGUACAAUUCUUUUCACGACAUUCAUUGCUUCGUCACUAUCUUUCAUGAAGCAUGCAAAUCAGCUGUUUCCUCUCCUGUCGACACUCAACCUCGCCAUAAGACGGAUACAGCAGCAGAAACAAUCGCUGCUACGUGA